AUGUCGGCAAUAGAUAGACUACAAAAAUGUUUACAAGAACUUGCGGAUUGUCGUCAGAGGAUAAUACAAAAUGUUAAAAGUAAUCUUUUCUUUGACAGUGCUAGCGAGGCUAUUCGAUAUUGCGAAGAUAUUGAACAAAUAACUUUAAAUGAUAUUGACGUUCAAGAACUUGGUCUCGCGUCAAAAUUUUUAUUUGACCCGAGAACGGGAAUAAUUAAAUUUUUAGUAGACACUGCCCAAAUAAUUGAUUCUACACUUUCGAAAGCAAAGAUUGCUCUUUUAGAAUUUCUAUUUCUUUAUAUCCAAAAAGCUAUUGUACGAGCUGCUUCUUUUAAACCAAUGGUUGCAAUGUUAGAUUCAACUGUACGAAUAAUUGAUCCUAAAAAAAUGCAUAUGGAAGAUAUACUUCAUCGGUAG